UCCCAAACCUGAACCCAAGGGUAACUUGCCGGACCUGCCUCCCCCUCUUCCCCGUUGCAGGUUGCUUCACUCCGCCGCCAUUCUUGCCGUCACAGUAGUCAUCUCCCACGGCACUCAACGCAUCCAGGCUUUUUGAGCACCCCGGCCUUACAUAGCCGGCAGCUCCGGACCCUCGCCGUGCUACGCCAGAUACGACGAGCCACCCGCCGAUGGAGCCGGUCGCGACGUCGGACACCACCACCUCCCCGUUCGCCGCCGCGGCCGCGGACGAGGAGGCGUCGACCCGGCGCGUGGCGAACCGCAUCAUCCGCGCGCUGCAGCACCAGCUCCGGCUGCUGCACCGCGCGGGGGCGGAGUUCUUCGUGCUCGGCGCCACGGGGAACGUGUACACGGUGACGCUGGCCGCCGCGCCGGCGUGCACGUGCCCGGACCCCGCCGUGCCCUGCAAGCACAUCCUCUUCGUCCUGCUCCGCGUCCUCGGCCUCUCCCUCGACGAGGCCUGCGUCUGGAGGCAGGCGCUGCGCCCGUGCGAGGUCGCGCGCCUCGUCGCCGCGCCAACGUACCCGGACGUGCUCGCCGGCGCGCGCGCCAGGGAGAGGUUCCACCAGCUCUGGUCGGCCCGCCCCGCCGCCGACGCCCGCCGGGACGCGGCGUCGUCGGGGAGGCCGCUCGACGGCGCGGCAUGCCCGGUGUGCCUCGAGGAGAUGGCGCCGGCGGCGGCCGCGGCGCCGCAGGCGGUCCUGACGUGCAGGACGUGCCGGAACGCGGUGCACGCCGAGUGCUUCGCGCGGUGGAAGCGCAGCCGCGCGCGGCGGGCGGCGACGUGCGUCGUGUGCCGCUCGCGGUGGAGGCAGCCCAACCGGGAGCGGGAGCGGGAGCAGGAGCAGGAGCAGUACAUGAACCUCGCCGCCUACAUGAACGACGGCGACGGCGACGUGACGAUGCAGGGCGCCGACGGCGGGCUGUGCGCCGGGUAGUUGUGUAACGUGGCCGUUCGUGACAUGGCCUGCUGUGAAGCUGUACAUAAAUAGCAUGUCAAAUCAUUAAUUGGUUUCUCAUUUUCUUUGUUUUCCGUAGGGAACUGACUUGUACGACAUACAUCAUGUUCUACAAACCUGAUAUGUAUAUGUUAAUGAAACAAUUCUUUAGUAAUUUU